GCUCUGCUUUCGCUUUCUUACCGCGGUGCACAGCAAACGCCAUGUCUUCAAGCUCAACGCCUCCACAGACGAUCGCUCCAGGUGAGGUUGAGCCUCCCCUGACCCGUCCAUCAGCACCACCAGCAGUUUCAUCGGUUGGUGCAGCGCCAGGUCCGGACGCGACUAAACCGCUUUCUGGAAAGGGACAAACUACCACCCUCGCCAUGCGCCGAGAAAGCGACGCCCCCGCAAUGAAUUCGUCUCUCACGCGCCGGCGGCGCCCGAGACCUCGCAAGAGGCGAGCCUCCUCGGUGUCUUACAGCUCCUCCUCUGGUCCUUCGAGGGACAUGCGGCGCAGCUCGACGGCCGCAGCAUCCAGCGAAAUCACCGCUAGGGACAGCCCGCAGGACUCGCUGCUGAUGCCACCCAGCGACACCAGUGCGACAAGCGGGCGACGACAAUCGGCACCGGACGGCCUCGCUUCGCAGUCGCAGGCGGUGCCGACCGCAGUUCGUCGCGUGUCGAUCCAGCUGAAUCCUCUAGCGGCCGUCUCCGCCCAGCGGACCAUAGGCCAAGCGCAGCAGCCCUCCGGUGCGCCUGCACCCAAGCGAGCCUCCAUCAUAAAGAGCACAGCUACUCGGUCAUCGAGCGCGGAACCGGUGGUGGCGAUCCGGAGAUCAGGCAGCAUGGCAGCGGCCCCGUCUUCAGGAUCGGAGGGCGCCCUGCCACGCAGGUUUUCUAUGGCCCGACGACGUUCGCUGGACAGGUGGUUCGCACGGAAGUUCGAGGACCAGGCACAAGCGGGACGCCUUAGCCAUCGCUCUAGCAAGGACUUCGCCGGCGCGUUCACACCUUCGCGCGAGAGGGCCCUCUCGGCUAAUUGGCUGACCCCGGCCGGUAGCACAGGCUCUAGCGUCGCCAGACUGGCCCAUCAAACCGUCAUGGGACUUCAACUCUGGUCCAGUUACCGACAUCCGCCUACCACUAGCGACGAGCAAAGCAUGCCGCCACCAUCCAGAGAUCAUUCGAGUGAGGUCAAAAAGAUCUUGCACAUUUCCACAUUCGCAUCACUCUUUAUCCUGGCCGUAGUAAUAGUUACAAUCUUGUUCCUGCCGCAAUGGGACCACACCAAUGACGAUAAAAAAGGAGUUUGCUCGAAUGCUGACUGUACCUACCACGCAUACGUCCUGGGCCUGAACCGCAGCCACACAGUCACACCAUGCGAGGAUUUCGGACGCUUCGUAUGCUCUGGCUGGGACAACAAGUACCGUGAUAUCGCAUUCACGGUCCAGAUGGGUGUCAUCAUUGAUUGGAUCGCUCGCUUAACACACUCCAGCCGUCUUGCUAAUUGGACGGCAAGCGUUACUGGCAGACCUCUCAACAUGAUGCGCGAGUGCGUGGCAGAGACCAGCAGCAAAGACGACGCUGUCCGAGAAUUGGUGAGUUUCAUCAGCGGUCGGACAUUUUCUUGGCCCACAAGGGACUGGCAGGAAACGGGGCCGGUCGAGUCAUGGUAUCCCCUGCAAGCUCUACUGGAACUAGCCGUGUUAUGGGGACUUCCGCUGUGGUUUCGCGUCGACUUUGUACCCAGUCAUCCGGAACAGCGAAGAAGCCUUGUCGUCAUCAGUCCAUCCCCGUUUCCUACUGCGUUUCACUACCUGCACAACCGGUUCCUCCGCUACGCUGACGUGUACCCUCUCUACGUACAAGAUUUCAUCGACACUAUCCUCCGCCAUCGUCCCGCAGCGCCUGCUUUCGAGGCAUUCAUACGAGGUAGCGCUCAGAUGCAGGGCCACGUUUUCGGGAACAUCAGCGUGGCGGAGGAAGCUGCGCACAUUGCACCUCGAUUCGUCAGCCUCAAAAACCUGCAGUUGCUCGUGAAAAAUGUGAGCGCCCAAGACUGGAUAAUCGCGUUUCGUUCCGUCGACACGGCACCGCUUAAUCACGACAGCCUUGUGCUAGUAGCGAGUGAACACAUUCUGACGGCGAUGGACACCCUCUUUGGGGUCUACACGGCGAGAGAUAUUUGGUUCCACACUGUUUGGUGGUUUGCGCAAGCUGUUGGCAUUGUGGCUGUCAAAACUCUCUUUGCGGCUUUGAAGGGCCAUCCGCUAGGGAAGGCCCUGCAGUCCAUUGUGUGCGCCAUGCACGUAGACGCCUCGUAUAGCGCGCUUCUCGCCGCCAAUUACAAGUCGCAUCUCUCCACUACAGAACAGCACACCAUAAGGCAACUCUUCGACAACAUCCAUGCGGUCGCUGCGGAGAAGGUACGCUCAUCCACCCAACUGCCAUCAUCCACGAAGUCUGCACUAGCGAUGAUGCUUGAGAACACAAAAAGCGUCGUUUGGCCAGAACACGGUUUCGACAGCACGGAAGCUCUCGAGAGCUUCUACGGCUCAGCUUACACUAAAGCUGACAGCUUUUUUGGCGAAUGGUUGUGGACCAGACGGCAAAUGCAGCGAGUCAGGGUUACCGCUGCGCACACUGAAGCGAGAACUGUGCACGGACUAUUCUUAAAGCGCCUCGGUUGGUACGACGUCGCUCUUAGCAUGAUUUAUAUCGCACCUGCGGCUUUGGCAUCUCCUUUCUACUACGCAACUGGCACAAGCGCUAUGCUGUACGGUGGACUCGGCUACAUCUUCGCUACACAAGUACUCUCUGCCCUAAACACAAUAUUCUACCUUUUGAAUGGUGACGAAAUCGUUUGGCCAACUGAUGUAACCAGUCGCCGCACCCUGUGGAACACGUUUUCGUGCACCUCUGUCACAGAUACCUACUUAGUGUUUCCCGACCUUCCAGCAGUGGAGGUGGCUUACUCGGCCUACGUGCAAUUCAGAAACCAAUCAUUUGAUCUGCCCCUUGAAGGCUUGAAGAGAUACAGCGCCGAGCAGCUCUUUUUCAUAAACUACUGCCACGCGGGCUGUUACAUUGACCACAGAGGCGCUCACGUAAACCCACUGUGCACUGCAGUUCUAAGCAUGUUUGCCCCUUUUGCCACCGCGUUUGCUUGUCCGCCGGGCUCAGUAAUGAACUCUGCUGACAGGUGUGGCUACUUCUGACAUUGCAAAUUUGUGUGCACCGUUCGUCUCAAUUUCAAUUCGUUCUUUUACUGUGCUGACAAUGCGAAUAUGCUAUUGCUAUUCAGUGACCCCAAGUGACCAUUAGCAAGUGCCAUGGCUAUUUGGUUCCUUGUGUGAUGCACGGAUCUAGCGUGGAAAAGACGCAGGACAGCACCUGUUCUGCCUAUAUGUGUAUGUUUUGUUUUGUCGUCUGUUCCGCGCAAGAGUCUGCUUAUUUACUCAUUUACUCUCAUGCAUCUGCUAGCUAAGCAAUGCUUUUCAUGUUGUACAUGUUAAAUGCGUUUCCACCGUUA